CAGCACGCAAGCGAGGCGACCACCAAAGCUGUCUUGAAACGACUUGGGCGUACUUGUGACUACCUACCUAGGUAGAUAGGCAUAUUCGUAUAUUCCUACUAUCAAGUAAUAGAUAAUUCCAACGUCCAUCUCAGGUUAACUUUUCGAAAAGCAAUCCCAAAGCUCCAAAUAUUCAACUGUUCAACUGCUCAACAUGACCACCUUCCGCAGCACGCCCCUCUUCGGCGGCGCUCUUAUCGUCGACCUCCCCUCCUCCUUCGCCGACGUCAGUACCAUUCGCCAAGUACCAGACAACCAAGAAGUCUACCUCGACAAGGAUGGCUUCACAAGUAUUAUUUUCGAUAUCACAGAGCGAGUUGGCCUGCCUGGGAGCGGACCAGCCACCGAUGGCGCAGCCUUGACAACGCACCUGGAAGAUAUUGUUGCUUCCGAUAUUGAUACCGUCAAGGUAUGGAGUACGAGCAAUACGAUGUAUUCGAAGCUUCCAGAAGGAACACCGGCCUAUACGUUGAUCGCCACCCAAACACCUCCUCCAGAUCCAGCGGCUCGGGAUCUGACUCCAGACUUCACAGCUAUAGUCUUGAACCUGAUUCGGUUGGAGAAAGAGAGUACAGAUAUCCUAAUCACCAUCAAUGUGCCGCAUAUCAAGGGCGAGUAUAGCGAGGAGGAAGUCGAUCUACAGGUUGGAAAGCAAGGAAAAUUGAUUAGUGAUGCAGUGGAUUAUGCGGCGAGGAUUUGGGAGACGUUUAAGAUCAAAGAUUGGGGUCUCUUUAAUGAAGUAUAA